AUGGCAACUCACUCAGCAACCAGUACCCAGCAACAAAGAGUCAUCCCUGUAUGUAGUCAGUGUAUAGUUUGUGUGCUCAAAAGGUCUGAGCAGGCAGCUUCUCAGCAAGCAAACAUGUCUCCAAAGAAGAAAACAAAAAAACCCACAAAGAAGAAUCCAGAAAAAAGUGAAAGUGACUUGGAAGGAAAGUACAGGCGUAGUAUUCUGGAUGUAGCCAUCCUACAGGAUCACAUUGCCUUCCAGUGUGAGUCUAUAAAAAAGGUCCAGUCUGACCGAGUUGACCUAAGGAGACGCAUGAGAGACAUGGAGCAGAAGCUGCAGUACGAGAGACAAGACCACAGGGACGUCAACUCUGACUUCAGUCGGCAGUACAAAACCAUGCAGACAGGGCUAACCGACAAGGCAAAGAGGCUGGAGAAGGAGGUCAAACAGCUGAAGGAAGAACUUGUGCUGUGUCAAGAGGAACUGAGAAAAGAGAAAAGAGAGCGUGAGCAGGUGGAACGGCAGAAGGACGCCAUCAUAGCUGACCUCCAAAACAAGCUGGACAACAUGGAAACAGACUAUGAGAAGAUCCUGCACGAGACUCUAGACAGCCUGACUUCCCAGCUGUCUGUGGCUCGACAGGGAUGGGAGGACAAGAGCACGACCUUUCAUCAAAAUUACAAGGAACUGCUCUCUGAGUUUGGCCUGAAUGCACUGCACAUCUAA